UCGGUUCUCUCUCUCUCUCUGGCAAACAAAACAAAGUGGAAAAAUAGAAAACAAUUUUUAUAAAUAUGCUAACGUCGCGGAUCGGAGCGCAAUGGUUAGUCAUUCUGAUACUGACGAUGGCAGCGAGCACUACUAAACUGGAAAGUGGAACGUGCCCGGUGGCGACGGCCUCCGGCUGCGGAGUAGCUCCUCCGGACCAGGCCCGCUACGACAACUACCGCAUCUACAACGUGGAGUUCGAGAACGAGGAGCAGAUCGAACUGUUCCAGAAGCUGGAGGAGCAGAGCGACAGCCUCACCUUCAUCGGCCAUGCCCGCGAGAUUGGCCAGAAGUUGUCCAUUCUGGUGGCGGCGCAUCGCGUGGCUGAUAUUGCCGACCUGAUCAAGACCUACAAAGUUAAGCACCGGGUUCUGACCUACAAUUUCCAGGAGAAGAUCGACCGUAAUCUGGGCGAGGUUCAGCCGGAGAGCAUUGAUGCCUCGAAGUUUGACUGGCAGCACUUCUUCCACCUGAAGACCAUCUACGAGUGGCUGGAUAAAAUGGCCGAGAAGUACCCACAGCGCGUGACCGUGCUGGACAUGGGCACCAGCACUCAGGGCAAUGCCAUCAAGGGCGUCAAGCUGAGCAGCAGCCCCAGUAACAAGGCCAUCUUCAUUGAGAGUGGCAUCCAUGCCAGGGAGUGGAUUGCCCCAGCCGCGGCCACUUACAUCAUCAACCAGCUGCUCACCUCCCAGGAUCCGAAGGUGCAGAAACUGGCCCAGGACUACAACUGGUUCGUCUUCCCCUGUGUCAACCCCGAUGGCUACAAGUACACAUUCGAGCACGAUCGAAUGUGGCGCAAGAAUCGUCAGUUGUUCGGCACCUGCCGUGGGGUGGACCUCAAUAGGAACUACCCGGACCACUGGAACUCAACGGGCUCCAGCAGCGAUCCCACCCGCUACGAUUUUGCAGGACCCUCAGCUGGUAGCGAGCUGGAGACCCAGCGCUUGAUUGAGUUCAUACGUGCAAACGCGGGUAAGGAGCAGAUCAAGACGUACAUUGCGCUGCACUCCUACUCCCAAAUGCUGAUGUUCCCAUAUGGUUACACCAAGGAGCGGGUGUCCAACUACGACGACCUGCAGGAGUUCGGCAAGAAGGCAUCGGCGGCGAUCAAGGCGGAGAGCGGCAGGGAUUACGUCAGUGGCAGUCUGUACGAAACCAUCUAUCCGUCGAGCGGCGGCAGCAUGGAUUGGGCGCAUUCCGAGGCGGGUAUCCCGAUAGCAUACACCUUCGAGCUGCGCGGUCCUCCGGAUAGCCAGGACCUCUUCAUCCUGCCCGCAGUGGAGAUCCAGCCCACUGCCAGCGAAGCUUUCACCGCCAUUCGCGCCAUCGUUGAAGCGGCGGCCGAGAAGGGCUACUACAAGUGAAGGCCCUGGAUUUGCCAGCUUGUUUUACGUUCAACGAUCUAGACAAACUCUAAGUGCAUUUUUUAUCGGCAACACGAUAUUAUCUUUAUCUAUAUAAAAAUAAACUCAUAUAAAGACAACAUAAA